AUGCUGCAAUUGCAAUUCAUAUUUAUUCACCAUGCUCUAGUUACAUUUUUGCAUACACAUUUAACAAAAAGCUUUGGGCUAUCAUCGCUAAUCAAGUAUGUAGAAAAUAUCAGAAAAGAAAAUUUUAUCGAAUAUUGUCAAAUGAUAGAAAAUGAAUUUUUAUCGCUGAUGAGACAUAAUCUGAUUGCAUGUCUGGUGUCACCGUUAUUACUGCAUGACAUUAAACCUAGUUUGAGUUUGUGGGUCAAUUUCAAAAUUCGCAGUAUUUCUGUCCACGAGUUGUUCUUGCUAAUUAUUAGGAUUUCAGAGAAGUUUCAACUUCAUUAA